AUGGUUGUAACGCGCGGCCUGUGCGGCCUGCCCAGCUCCGUAGUCGAUGGCUCCAGGGCCAAGGCCGCUGGCGACCGUUCCUUCUGGGCGUCGCCCUCCAGCACGACAGUCGACGCCUCGAUCUCCGAGGCGCACUGCAACCAGCAGGCGCCCAAGAAAAACAACGUGCUCUUCGCCAUAUCCGGCGCCACCCACGCCUUCCCGAUGAUGGAGCUGAGCGCGUAUCCCGGGGAGCGCGAGUGGCUUCUACCUCCGUUCACCGCGCUGGUUGUGGAGCGCGUGGUGGGCGGAGCCCCGCUGCAGCUGCGCUGCAAGUUCGGAGGCUGCGUGCUCACCUCUGCCUUCCGCGAGAAGGUGCGGGGCGACUGUAAGGCCGCCUCAAGGCGGCUGAGGAUGCGGCACGCGGAGUCGCAGCGGGAUGCAGCGGAGAUGCGCGAAGACCUGGCCAAUUUGUUGGACUCGGCGAAGUCGAGACGGGAGGUUACACGAAAGGCAAUCCAGAUGAUAGAGCACCAUAAACCUUCCAAUCUACCACUGUUAGAACAGGAGCUGCAUUGCAUCACGACGGAACUGGCCGAAGCUAAGGAGUGGGCGAAGUGGUUUCGGGAGAAGAAUCUGAAUUCGGCCAGACUGCGCUUCCAGCAAAUGGCGCGUCAACUGCAGAUGCCACCAGGGACGGGUAUAAGGCCAGAGUAUGAGUCGUCAUUUGAGUCGUUAAAGCGUCAACUGGACAUACCUGAUAGUCUGAGGGAAGAGUAUGAGUCGUUAGAGUGGAAGAUCCAUCGCCUCGAGACGGUGGCCGGGGACGAGGAGUACGGCACUUGGUUCAACGCGUGA